CUUAUAUUUUAUCCACUCUUAUACCGUAGAGGGUCUAGAGUAGGGAUCGCAAAUUAUUUUCUUCAGGGGUCCAGUUUUUCACCCUAUUCCAGGCCCCACCAAUCUACAAGGUUUUCCCAAAAAAUCCAAAUAUAUUCCAAUUAAUUCAGCUUUGACGAUUAAUUUGAAGACAAGUCACAUUUCCAGACACUGCAAUAUAAUUUGAAAAAUAAAUCGCAAUGCUAAAGUUGAAAUUGUAAUGGCGCGUAUGUGGCCGAUAAAUCGUACUAUGUCUGGAAAAGGGUUAAAAUAAAAUGACUAUUGUGAUCCGUUUCUUUUUGAGUUUAAUGAGAAUCGGAUUCAAUCUCUGGGAACUGCAUCUCUCCCUCGCAUGUUACGUCGCUUAGUUACGCACUCAAAAAGAAAAUGGUACCAUUCCAUUCCUUACAUUUUAUUAAAGCAUAAAUUGUAUUACAAUAACUAUUUACACAAAUGCAAUAUUUCAAAAUGGCAAUUGUCUUGAUCUUCCAUACAUUUAGGAUAGAGUAAUGUAAUGUGACGUCACAUCACAAUAAAAUUCUGUUAAGAGGCGUUUCCCUCAGUGCGUGCAAGCCUCAGAUUUUAACCCUGAUCUUUGUGUUGCUUAAAUGCCAUGAGUCCUACAUUUGAUCCUCAGGAAAAUCAAGAUCGAUUGGCAUUAUUUACAAAAAACUGUCAAAUAGCCAAUUGUAUUCAAAUAUAUUUGAUGACCGGUCUGGUCUAGUGGGUAGUGACCUUGCCUAUGAAGCGGAAUUAGGUGAUAUAAGGUUUGAAUCCUGUGUGCGUACCAAAAUGCCAUAGGAUUUGACUGUGAAUGGGUGACUGUGGGUCGCAAAAGACAGCCUGUCGCAUUGUUGCAACUGUCCACCCUUGAUGGCUUUUGUGGUCUGUUCCGGUUAAAUCAAAUGAAAACUGUCCCUAGCUCAUUAAAAGCAUUACUUGAAGAUAACACCAUCUACAAAGUAGGUGUUUCUCCUUCUGAUGACGCAAAAUAUCUGUUCCACGACUGGGGACCUAAACUAAAGAGUUCUCUCGACGUGCGCCACCUGGCUCGCGCCUGCGGCUACAGUGCCGGCGGUCUGGCGAGUCUCUCUGAAGCACUGUUGCAAAUCACUCUGGAUAAACACUGGAAGGUACGUUGCAGUGACUGGGAGGCGGAGCAGUUGACAGACAGACAAAUAGUGUAUGCAGCGGCUGAUGCACAUGUUGCUAUCAAAAUAUUUGCGAAAUUAAUACGUGAAUUUACUAGCAGAGCACGCGGUUUUUACUGGCAUACUGGAAAAAUGGGCAAAGAUUCACAACAAGAUGUUAAUGAUUUAUGUCGGGAUAUUGCAGAUGUUGCUUUCAAAACAAAGCAUAACAGUAAUCAGAAAACUAAUGGGAAGAAGGAUAAGAUCGUUAAGAAAGAAGACAUAGUGAUAAGCAAGAGGUACCCGUACUUGACGCGCACCAAGCCCCUGUACAACAACUGCUACCUGCAGGCACCCGAUGGCGAGCUGCUGUGCACUUGUGACAAAAAGAAAGCCCUCUGGUACGUGGAGAAGGAGUUGGGGGCUGUGGUGAGCGAGGCGCCGCUGACUGUGCGGCUGCGGUUCGAGCCGGCCGGCCGCUCCGUGGGCGCCGUGGGCCGCUAUUACCAGCUCGCCAAGGAGAACAAGUGCGUCGUGUGCGGCAGCACCGACUCUUACAUUAGAAAAAAUGUCGUACCUAGAGAGUACCGAAAGUAUUUUCCCGAGGUAAUGAAGGACCACUCGUCGCACGACGUGGUGCUGCUGUGCGUGCGCUGUCACCAGCUUUCCAACACACUGGACCUGCGCAUGCGCGAAAUGCUGGCGCGCAAGUGUCACGCGCCGCUCGCUAGCGGCAAGGCUGAACAUAGCUGCGACUUCAAUACUAGGAAAAUUCGUUCGUUGGCGCGUGCCCUGUUAUACCAGUCGCAGUCGCUGCCGGAGGCGCGGCGGCGCAAGCUCGAGGAGGUGCUGUUGCAUCACUACCCGCAAUGCGAAGUGAUCACGCAGGAACUGUUGCAGGAGGCUGCUGCCACCAGCCCGGAAGUUGCCAUUAAAAAGGAAGAAGAGAGCCACGGCAUGAAAGUAGUAGAGUAUCACCUGAAACACGAAGGUCUUCUGCGACUAGAGGAGUAUUGGCGAGAACAUUUCCUCACUUCGAUGGAACCGAAAUGCAUGCCCGAGUUAUGGUCUAUUAAACAUAACGAAGAAAGGCUCCGUGUGAGAUUCGAAGAAGGACGUCUAUCUCAAAAAGAUUUGCAAUCAAUUGGACUCGCGUCGUGGAUUUAAUACAAAUUAAACUCACCCACAUAAGUUUUAACCUUUUCGACGUCGUGUCAAACAUAAAAACUGUCACUCAGACGCCACGUCAUCGAAGUGUCAAAACUGAAAUUGAACUUUAUGCAUUUGCACGUAGGUCUAUGUUGAGCUGUGGUCUGUGACAGAUGAAUCCGUCUUCGGCGUUGGACCUACGACCUAGGCCUAUAUCCCUUAAUUUGGCACAGUCAAGUAUACUUAACACUUACUUUGAAAAAAUGUAAGCAUGUUGUUUUUUACUUAAAUUCAAAGUUUUUAAUUUUAUGUAUCAUUUACAUUUUAAAGAAUAAGGAAAAAAUAAAACCUUACUGGCAACAAUGUUAUCUGUUAGUAGUGAAUCAACAUGGCGAGUAGAAGCUCGACACUGCGUUCUAUACAGGUAUUAGUUUAUAUUUUUUCGAUUUUAUUACGCAAAAUUUUACUGUAAAUACUAAUUUUAUUAUAUUUAAUUAUAGUAUAACGUAUACUUUAUAUAGCAUAACUAUUUGUCAAGUCAAGCUAUUUCCUUGUAAUAAGCAAGCAAACAUAACUGUUAAGUAUUUUUGACAAAACAAUACGUACAGUUUAUUAGAAAUUAAACAACCUGUUAAGCAUUUUUAACAAAUCUUUAUGCUGUGUGAUUUUACCGCGCUUGACUAGUUAAGCAUUAUACAUAAAACGUUAUGCUACAGUUUUAAUAAUUUGAGAUUUUUUUCUGCCUACGUUCAUAUUUUACCAUAAUAGAAGAUUUAAUGCUAUAGUUUGAUUCGUUAUUCUUUUAUAGCUUAGCUUCACAAGUUUUCAAAAUGUAUCCCCUUAAAAAUUAUUCAAUUGCCAUUAAAAUUAUAGGUACCUGUACCUACCAAAGAUGUAAAAUGUUUAAGAUGAGAUUUCACGCGGACGAAGUCGCGGGCAACAGCUAGUAUAUCAAUAAAUCAUCUGAAAUCUAUCCGAGAACUAAAUGCUGCUACAGACUUGUCAGACAAAUAAAGUAGUUUCAACAAAUGAACAAUUGUAACUAUGUUAUUAAUGUGA